GCGCAGCGGGCUCAUCUUCGGCCGCGGCCAGCGCUACACUGGCCGCACAGCUGGAGGCGAUGCCCACCUUCCCCUCGCAGCCUUCGCAGCCGCCGGCUGCGCAGCCCGCCGCGGGUUCGGCUGCACGCACUGGCACGCGCGGCGCCCUCUCGGAGGAGAUGCACGCCGCGCUCUCCAGGGUGGUCAAAUCUCACAUGGACUCCACGGUCACGCAGAUGGAGCAGGCCAUGAUCAACCAGUACCUGGACGAGCACAUCCCCGAGUACGAGGCGGCGGAAAAGGUCGCCACUCUGGAGCUGCAGCCAGCCAAGUGCGUACUAGUUCCUUUGGGGCAGCGCUUCACAGAAGCUGUUGCCCUUCAGAUGCGCCAGCUUCUCCAAGACUUGGUCCCGGCGUGGGGCGCGUUCAAGGGCUCGAGCCCUGCGGCCGAGAGCGGACGCAGCCGGGAGACUCCCAGCUUUGGCACCGCCGCGGCUCGCAGGGUCCUCGUGCUGCGGCUUGUCGACCACACCGUCGGCCGACACGAUGACGUGUCUCGCAUCUACCAGAAGGAGCUGGAGAAGAGGAAGACCAGGCAGCGCGCCACGAUGGCGUACCAAGCAGGGGAGCAGGGGGACAUGCGCGACCUCACCCUGCUGAGCAGCGUCGAGAGAAGAGAGAGGGUGGAGCGCAUGCCGCUCCUCUGGGGGAGCGUCAUCUGGCUCGUCGUCGCGAUCUUAGCAAUGUUCUUGGGCUACUUCUUUGCCCCGCUCCAGAAGCAGCAGUACAGGUUCGUCGGGCUGCACCUCCUGGCCGUGGGCCCCAGGGCCGAGUGGAAGUGCUCGCUGAUGUGGUGCAGCCUGAGCUUCGACGAGGCCGACAGCAGUUGCCACCUGCUGCACAAAGCCUUCCUGUCCGAGCCGUGGGAGGACAAGCCCGGGCUUGGGCUCGAAGAUUUCGCCAUCAGCAUCGACUCCCUCUGCGAGGGCGACUCCCUGGACAUAGUGACCUACAAGAUGCCAGGCCUGUGCCACUCCGAGGCGAGCCUCUUCUUCAGCCAGGCGUGCAGAGUGUCCGGGUUCCUUUCCCCCUGCGGCAUGGUGGCCGCGGCCUCCGCGGUCUGCACCGUGUUCUUGGUCGCGGCCCUGGUCACGCACGCGGUUGUGCUGUGGUUCCUGGUGAACGACUAUCAGCUGCUCGUCCCACCCUCGAGAGUGGAGCCCCGCUGGAAGCUGCACACGAAGCUCAGGAGCGCUGCGAGACACUGCUCCAGGAUGUGCGGCAUCGCCGCGCUCGCGACCGGCCUGAUCUACUGCGCCAUGAUCCACUGGAUCGAAGCCGACGGUGGCUUCCUGACGUUCACCGCGCUGGGCUACGUGCUCACCGCCCCAGAGCAGCGGGCGAUCACUCCCGGGGCGGGCCUGUACGCGCUGGUAGGCAUCGCCGACGUGUUCAUCCUUGCCCUGAUCGGUAAGGAGAUAUUCAAGGCGCCGGUGACCCCCUCGGGCCUCACGGCGGAAGAGCACAGGCAGAUCGAGCAGAUCGAGAUGCAGGCGAACCAGCAGCCGUUGCAGCCGCAGCAGCCGAGAGCGCAGCCGCCGCAGGCGCCGCAGACGAGGCAGCAGCCGCUGCAGCUGCAGCACGUGCAGCCGCCGCCGCCGCCGCUGCAGGUGGUGCAGCCCUGGGCCGUUGUGCGGUCGGCAGGGUUCCCUGCCGCGCCGGCGCCCGCGCCGCCUGGCUUCGGCGCGGUGGCGGCACAGCUGCAGCAGCAGCCCUUUCAAAGGCAGCAGCCCUGGCCG